AAAGAAAACAAUUGUUUUUUUUAUUUUAUUAAAUGAAACAAAUAAUAAAAUAAAGCUAACGAAUUAAUUAAUUAAUUAUCUUUAAACAAAUUUGUGUCAAAUACAUUUUGUAUAUAUUGUUUGUGUAUCUUCAUCUCUUAUAUCUUCAACAUAUACGAAAAUUCAAGAUAAUUUUCUCCAAAAUUCAAUUCAAUAAUACAAAAAACUAAAACAAAAUGGCUGCUACUAGUGCUGGUCAUAUACAGCCACAACAACAGCAUCAACCCACACAACAGCAACAACAAAAAAUGAAUACAGCAGCUGCCACAAUGAAUGGUAAUAUAAAUAGAAAUACGCCACAGCAGCAGCAACAACAACAGCAACAACAGCAGCCACAAAUACAUAAUUUACAACAGCAGCAACAUGUAAUGCAACAAUAUGCUUUAAAACAGCAACAACAGCAGCAUAAUUACAAUAUGCAACAACAUAUGCAUCAACAGCAAAUGAUGCAGCAGCAGCAACAACAACAGCAUAUACAUCAACAACAAAUGCAACAGCAACAACAAAUGCAUUUAAAAAUGCAACAACAGCAAAUGUUUCAAAAUCAAACGUCGCAAGAUUCAUCAACAAAUAUGAUGCCUUGUCAAAACUAUAUGACACCCAUGCCACAAACUCAAAAUAAAUUUGCUGGCAACUCUUACAACAAUAAUGCAACGGCUCAAAUGCCGUCACAUUAUCAAAAUCAAUUUUCCAAUAAUCAAAGAUCUAUGCAACAAAAUGGCAACUUACCAACUGGCUUGGUAAAUGGUAACAGUGCCAAUACUAGCAACAUGAAUAGUCGAGCAACUUGCAUACCACCCAAUGUGGUAGCUCCCUCAGCUAAUCAAAAUAUUUAUCCACAUCAAAGUAAUAAUCACAAUAAUAAUGGCAACAUGAUGCAGCAACAUAAUCAUAACAAUAAUAUGAUAACACAACAGCAACAACAACAAAACUCAUCUUCAGCACAUUAUAACCAACAACAACAUCAGCAGCAGCAGCAGCAACAACAAACACAAAAGUUGCAACAAAUGCCAACACAAACAGAUUUGAAAAAUGUCAAUCACAUUAAUGCUCGUCAUCAAUUACAAACUAUGCAUACAAAUACUAAGCAACAUGUUGCUAAUAACGAUAAUAACAAUUGUAAUACUAAUUGUAAUGCUAAUUGCAAUACAAAUAUAUCCCAUAAUCAUUUCAAUGCAAAUGGAUUAAAUUCAAAUGGUUUAAAUUCCAGCAACAUUAACGCCAACAACAAUCACAAUCAUUCAAUGUUAUCGGGAGUUAAGGCAAAUAUACCACAUGGUUGGCGUCGUCUUACCAACAAUAACAAUGAAAUAGUUUACAUAAGUCCAACUGGUUCUACUUUGCGUUCACCAUUUCAAAUAAAGGAUUACUUAUUGUCACCGGGUACCUGUAAAUGUGGUCUACCAUGUCCAUUGCAACCAGAAUAUUUCUUCGAUUUCAAUGUUCAGGUUCCUAAUACGCCACUAACAAUGCCAGCAUACCAAAAUAAUAAUAAUAAUGACUUUAAUGUCUCCACAUCAAACUCCUCAAUAACAACACAGUCUACAACAUCGACGUCGUCAUUACAAUCCUCUUGUUCUUUGCAACAAUCUGCGCUAACGACGUCUACAGCGCCAUCUGGUGCAUUUGUUGUACCACCCAUGGAGACAUCAUCGUCAUCCUCAACAUCAUCGUCAUCAUCCUCAUUAUCCUCGUCCUCAUCAUUAUGUUCAACAGCAACAAUACCGUCAGCUACUUCACCGUCAUCUUUAACAUGUUUGCAUCUAAAACGUUUUCUCGAUUGUCAACAAAUACAUGCACAUCCCAUGGAGUCGUUUAAUAAAGAUGCCAAACGUAGAAAAGUUGCCAACACAGAGUCUAUACUUGAUAAUAACAAUGCCAAUACAACAUUUUCCCCCGCCACAACAACAACAACAUCAUCCACAACAGAUUCAAAAUCAAUAUUUACUUCAGAUGUCAGUGGUUCUGGUGGACAGCAACAAACUAGUCAUAAUUCAACAUUUAAAAUGCUGCCACCCCUGCAGCAACAACAACAACAGCAGGAGCAGCACCAACAACAGUUGUCAAAUCAUCAUCAACAACAACUGCAGCAACAACAGCAACAACAACAAUAUAUGAUAACAAAUCCCACUUACAAUAACAAUGGCAUGAUGGAAAGUGCUAAUAAAACAUGGCCCAAAGAUGAUAGAAUGUUACCAACGCCGGCAGCAUCAGCCGCAUUAACACAACAUGAAUCAGCAGCUUCAUCGCACAUGAUGAAUAGUGACAGUGAAAAUAUACAAUGGUCAUCGAAUUUGUGUAAUAAACCACAACUUACAUGUCAUACAAAGCAACAGCAGCAACAACUAACAACAACGUCAGCAGCUGAUACCAAUAAUAAAGAACACCAACAGCAUCAGAGACAGCAAAUGGAUCACACAUCAUUGUAUAAAGAUGACCUCAAUGGUUAUUUACAGCAACAAACGACAUUGGUACACAAUUCAAUGAUGAAUUUAGAAACUGUUCAAGAGGAAUCUGUGCCAGAAGGUGACCAAGAAGGUGAAUUAGAAGAAGAUGAUGACGAGGAAAAUGGACAAGAUGAUGAGGAGGAAGAAGGCGAGGAGGAAAUAGAUGGCGAUGAAGAGGAUAACGAAGAAAAACAGUGCUCACGUGAACAACUUGAAGAGGGUGAGAUAUUAAAACAUGCCAACACUUUGACAGAUUGCAUUACCAAUCAAGAGCUUGAGGAUGAAAUGGAAGAAGAAAAUGCUGAAGAAGACCUUAAUGAAGACGAACCUGAAGAAGAUGAAGAAGAAGGGGAAGGUGAUGAGGAAGAAGAAGAUGGAGAGGAGGAGGAAGAUGAAGAUAAUGACUGUGAAACCCAAACCGUUUUAAGUGAACAAACUGUGAUUGAUAAAACUUCUUUAGAUGUUUCAAAUAAUAAUAGCCUCUUAAAUACUAACAAUACUCUCAAUUUCUACCAAAUGCCAAAUUCACAAAAUCAAACUAUAAAACAACAUCAUUUCACCAAUAUUCAAAAUAUUGUGUCACCUAGUCAAACUGCUAUUUCGAAUAAGUUUUCCUUUAGUAAUUUAAAAAAUUCAACACAAGUUACCCUUAACCCACAAAACACUCAGCAGAAUCUCUUUAAACAGCAGCAACAGCAGUCCUCGGUUAGAACCCCUAUUAAACUUAUACCCACUGCUCAAGAAUCUCCAGUUUCCUCUAGCACUUUGGGAGGACCACGUUCCACACCCGAUCUACAACGCAAAACACCAGAUAAUACCAAAAAACCCGAGCAAGUGGGAGCUAUAUCCACAAGCAAUGAAAGUCCAAAACCUUGUCCUGCUUCGCCGGCUGGUUCAAUAGAAUCAAGCAGUACCAAAAUAUCAAACUCCAAGGCAGCGCCUUCCCCCUUACCCUCACCUAUUACAACGCUUCAUUUGAAGCCCCAGCAACAAGGAUCUCUGCAAAAACAUCCUCAGCAAGUACGUAUUUUAAGGCAUAUAAAGAAUGCCGGUCAGAUACAACAAUUAACACAGCAGCAACCACAUCGGCUAGUAGCCACUAAUACUUCAAGAGCUACUGUCACCACCAUCGCUGGCAGUAGAGGAGCAGCCACCACCACUACUACCACCUCCUCAUCAGGACAGCGUAUUAAUCCUACAGCACCACCCACUGUAAAUCAGAAAAUACAGGCAACUGUGCAAAAAGUAACCGCCAAUAGCACCACUAGCAUACCUAUCAGUCAACUGCAGCUGCAGCCAUUGCUAAGGUCCAACGAUAAUACAGGAAAUUCUCAAAUUAUUAUGACUUCCACUGGUCAACUUAUAGUUAUGCCGUCCUCGAAUAAUAAACCACACAUACAACAACAGCAGCAAGUGAUAAUUGCUAGUGGCAAUGCGACAACAACUACACAAUCACAUGCAACAACAAAUGUAAUUAUACAACAACAGGGCACUCAACAAAUGGAUGUCUUAAACAAUACAGGACAAUUGGCGACUGCUACACUGCAGCAGCAAUCCAACGGUGGCUACAUCGUCUCACAAACUGCAAACACGCAAGCUUCUACUACACAACUACAACCCACUACAGUCAUUUUGAAUUCGGGACAAAAUCUAAUUACUAACAAUGGUACCAAAGUUCUAACAAAUACCGGCAACAUAAUACACACAGCCGGUGCACAACCCAUAAUUACAACAGCAAAUCAAUUGCUUACCACACCAUCAAAUACAGGCAAUGCCACAAAUGUGUUGGGCCAACAGACAGUGGUAUUGAAUGCUCUACCUAAUGGGGGCUAUGUUAUACAGCAACAACAACCACAAGUUACACAAGCGGCAACACAACCUCAGCAGCAACAAUUUACCACCUUGGACAGUCAAGUAGUACAACAUUUGGUGCAACAACCGGACGGACGUAUUAUAAUAACAUCUCAAAGUGAUCCUAAAAGAAGACCUAAGAAACGAAAGACAUCCCCUGUACCCACGGCCAAUUCUACAAAUAUUACUACACAAAUAUCGCCUACAAUACCAAAUCAAACUGCUGCAUUACUGCAGCAGCAUGUAGCAAAUUUGCAAGCUGCUACCCCUGCAGCUCAAGCAACAAAUCAACCGCAAGUAGUGCAACUUACCACAGCACCAGCUGUAAAUGCAGCUACUACAGCCACUUAUCCGCAGCAGUUCCAAUUGGGUAAUGGCAUACAGGGUAUAGUGGUCAACAAACCGGCCUCAACAACCACAACUACACAACCUCAACAGAUUUUACUGCAAAAUGGUCAAAUAAUACAGCCAAUGAAUUUAAUAGGUCAACAAUUGAUUUUACCCUCCGGUUUAGUUAUGGCUCCCGAUACUACGCUCUUGCAAAUACAAAAUGUUGGUUCCUGUGGACCAACCACCAAUAUACUCACUACUACACCACAAGGAACUAUGAUGUUGAGAGCAACUUCUCCACAAACCAAUAAACAAUUUAUACAAUCCACCACUACAGGGCAGCAAUUCAUUGUCGGCAGUAAUGGCCAACUUAGUCCAAUUGGUCAGAUAUAUUCUACACCCAUGGGUUUGGUAAUGCCAGCCAGUACCCAACAUAAUCCAACAGCUACGGCAACUUUUGUACAGCAAAAUGCCACCAUACAAGUACAACAGCCACAUCAUCAAGUCUCUACGCCUCAGCAUAUAACACUGCAGGCCCUGCAGCAACAUCAACAAAAUCAACUUAAUCAGCAACAACAGCAGCAGCAACAUCAUGUUGUUAGCAAUCAAGUGGGUAUUGUUUUGGAAACGGCUACAUCCUCUACCACUUCACCCAAUGCCCAGUUGGCUAAUUCUCGUUCAGCGGCUGCUAGUCCUCCGGAUACUACAACUCAUAGUCCUAGAAGUCCUGAGCGACCACCAAGUCAUCGCAGUGGUGGUAGUGAUAUGGUUCAGUGUGUUUCCAGUUCGGAACCAGAUGGUGGUACAGUCUCUCCGCUAAGCACUGACAGUCGCCAAUCGCCUUCGACUACAGUUUGUGAAAAAGGCAUCGUUAUGUCAACCGCAUAUCAAAAUACAAAUAUUUAUAAACCAACGGAAGCGAAAAUACGUCGUGUACAAACACCACCUCAAUAUCAGGUUGUGGGUGGUGGUGUUGGUUCUGCUUCAAAUAAUGGUGGCACAGCAGCGACUGCCACACAUAUUACUGGCUUAACAAACUUGACUCUACAGCAGCAGCAACAUAAUACAGUAAAUAAUCCACAGCAUCAUCAGGCGGAUAAUGGUGGCAGUAAUAAACCUGAUACUCAUGAUUCACCACAAAAUUCUCCCACUACAACGCUUAUGAUAACACCACCUCCGCCUCGUACACCCACGCCACAGCAACAACUAUAUCAGAUUGAUUACCAGCAGCAGCAAUUGAAAACACCUUCCAAAAAUCCUAAUGCCAGAAAUCGUAAUCGUUGUCUUAAGACCUCACCACGUGUUGUUGUUAACAAAUCUUUAGAAAUGGUGGAUAAUACGCCAGUGUCACCCUCUUCGUCUUCACCACCUUUGGCAGCCAGUUUACAACGUACUUUCUCGGUGGGUGAAUUAAUAUGGGGACCAGCUCGUGGUUUCCCUGCGUGGCCCGGUAAAGUUGUUAAGAUUCUCGACAAUCAAUCAGAAUCAGUUUGGGUUCAAUGGUUUGGCGGUGGUGGUCGUUCAAAUACAGAAAUUAUGGCCAUACAUUUAUUACAAAGUCUUUCCGAAGGUCUGGAAGCUCAUCAUAAGGCGCAAAAGGAUACAAGAAAGAGCCGAAAAUUAAAUUCCCAACUCGAAAAAGCUAUACAAGAAGCAAUGACCGAAUUGGAUCGUAUUUCAGCUUCAUCAACCACAACAACAACCACGCCAGCUGGUUCGGCCAAGCAAAUACAACAACCCACAUCAUCUACACCCCAUCAAAAUAGUCCCAAUCGUGCUAAUAAACGUCCCAUACCACGUACAGGUGGUUAUGAUUUGAUUGCCGGCUUAAAUAACAAUACCUCAUCGAAUAUUAUUUCAACAACAACGGGUUCAUCACAGCCCAGACACAAACCUAUACGCAUAGCACCAGCUCCACCAGGUGGCGCUGCCAACAACUCACCCACAAAAUCUUCAACAAAUGUUAAUCAAAUUAACACAUCAUCAGCGGCUUCAGCCGCCAAAUGACAUACUGCUCCCAAGGAUUUGAAUAAACCAGUGGUAAGUUCAAGUUCUAUAACAAAUACAACAACAUCAACUACAACAACCGUUAAUAAUGGUAAUCCACAGUUUUCGUGGUCCAUGCAGGGUUAUACUUUAGUAAUACAAAGGAAUUAAACAUAAUCGUGGUAAAAGUUUUGAUGUUGUUGCUAUAAUUUUAUGUGUAGCUAAGUAAUAGCAAGUAACUCGUAUUUGAAUCAUAACAUAACCUUUUUACUACUAAAUUUUUAUCUGAUAAAUAUAUACAACUUAUAAGUAUGUAUAUAUUUUUACUAAAUAUUAACAAGCUUAAGAACUAACAAAAGAAAAUAAAUUUAGUAGUUGAAAAAAUAAUUAAAUUUUGAUUUAGAACAUCUUAAAUCGACUUAAGUUAAUUGUUAUGAUUUUGUAUUUUCUAUUAAUUAAGUCUAACGGUUCUAGAGUUGAACUAAACAGAGAAACGAGAUCAAUUGUGGUAAUGGAAUUUGAUUAUAUGGGUCUUUUUAGGUCCCAGCAACAUAUACUUCUAUGUUUUGUAAUCUAGAAUUGAACCGAAUUUGUUUAUAUCAACAUGUAUUAUGAAAAAACCUUUGGAAAACUUUUGACAAAAAAUUUAGCUACCAUCAUAAAAAUCGAUUAUAGUAAAAAUCGAAAAUUCGCGGGUCGUUUUGAUAGAAAAACCUUCCCCACUAAAUAUCUGACUUUCCGUAUAACUUAUGAAAUAAAAUUUGGGCUAAAAAGUCUCUUUGAUACUUUCAGUUUUUUUACCUGGAAAGGUUGAGAAGUUUUAGGUCGGCUUUAAGCAGUGGUCCAAUUGGUCUAAAAUUUAUAGUUUCAAAUUUUUAAAAUGAUUUUUGAUAGUUAGGUUGGUAGCUGGCCAAAAUUUGGUAGGAUUAUCUGAUCUGAUUUUGUACUCUUACAUGUAAUUUUAUAAAAAUCGAGGAUUACAUUGAUUUUGUGAUUCCGUUUGUUGGGUAGUGGGUAUUUUUAUUAAGACGUCCGUCUGUUUAAAGUACGAUAGUAGUCCGAAAGAAAGCACUAGACUGAACAUUUUUUAAUAUAUAAUAUGAAUUGAUUGAUAUUGUUUUUUUUUAUCCUUCACCUUCGUGAGAAGGGUAUAUAUAAGUUUGUCAUUCCGUUUGUAAUUUCUAUAAUAUAAUUUUCCAACCCUACAAAGUAUAUAUAUUUCGAGUCCUUAUAGAUAGCGGAGUCGAUUAACCUAUGUCCGUCUGUCUGUCUGUAUGCUUGUUGAAACCAAUUUUUCGAAGACCCCAGAUAUCCUUGGGAUCCAAAUCUUCAACAAUUCUUUCUGGACUUUUGGUACUUUCAAAAGGUACUUUUUGAAUUUUCUAUACUAUUGAACCUAUUAAUUGUGUAGAACCCGGAUUGAGUGAGAACCCAUAAAAGGCGACUUUUUGGUAUUUUUUCGUUCUUCGAAAUGUACUUUAUGAAUCUUCCAUAAUAUUGAGCCUAGAAACUUGAAAUUAAGUAUGUAAAGCCCGGAUUAAGUAAGAACCCAUAAAAUGGGACUUUUUGGUACUUUUUCCUUCUUCAAAAGGUACUUUUUACCAUUGAACAUUGAAACAUGAAAUUAAGUAAGCGAGAACAUAUAAAAGAGGACUUUUUAGUACUUUUUCCUUCUU